CAAAAUCAAUAGUAAUAUUUUAAAUAAAAGUCCAGUUCUUGUUCCUGACUGUCUUAAUCUAGUCUUUAAUUAUUUAGCAAAUGAUAAAAAUACUUUAUUUUCAUGUCUAUUUGUAAAUCACUUAUGGUGCAAUUUAGCCGCUCAACAUUUAUGGAAAGAUCCUUUUUCGUUGACUUCGAAAAUUCAAAAGGUAAAACUUUUUCAAGUCUACGUAUCAAGUUUACCACAUAAAGAAAUACGACAACUUAACGAGAAAGGUUUGAAGAUUCCAAAUCUUGUAACUCCAAACUUUAAACUUCCAUAUUUUUCUUAUUUAAAACAAAUUUUUUAUCGAAAAAUUGAAGAAUGUGCACUUGAAUGGCUUUUAUAUGAGGAUGAUUCAGAUUCUAGUGAUAAAUUUUCAUUGAAUUGUUUCGAAAAUAUGGAAUAUAAUGAUGAUGACAUUUCUGAUGAGGAAUAUGAACCAACAGAAUCAGAAUUAGAAGUUAGUUCUGAAGAAAGUUCUGAUGAAUGUUCUGAAGAUGAUAGUGGAUCUAUGAAAAUAGUUUUUAGAGAUACAUUUUUUCAACAAGAUCCAAAUCAUCCAGUAUUUGCCCUUCAUCAGAAAGCAUUAACUUUUGCAGUAUUUAAACAACUUCUUGCAAGUUGUAACAAAUUAGAUGUGUUAAACAUGUCAUUAUUUUCUUCAAAUUCAACUAUUCCAGAUAUUGUUCUUAUACCAGGAUGUCAUACAGCAUUUUCUGAUAUAACCGUAUUUAAUUUUUUUCAAAAAGGAAUUUAUGGGGAUGCAGAACGAGCUAAAAUCAUCUGCUUCUUGAAUAUACUUGGAUAUUCGUCUCGUAAUAUUUCUAAGAUUGGAAUAAUCGUAGACACAGAGAUAGAAGAGACCUAUAUAUCAAAUUUAAUUAAUGUUCAAGAAGAUCUUAAAUACUUAACAAUUAAAUAUGCACAGGGUCGUACAAACCUGCAAUCAUUUCUGGAAUCUAUACCUCAAACCUUAGUGUACUUGGAGUUAUAUGCUGUUAAACUUAGCGAUUGUUCAUUCAACGCUCUUUUUGAAUGUAAAAAUUUAGAAGAAAUUAAAUUAGUAAGAUGUCGAUUUAUUUGUCAUAAAUUAGAUCAAGAACAGGUGUCAGAAUCUGAAGGUCUUAAAUUGAGAAAGAUCUUUUGGAAAGAGAAUGUAUAUAAUCAUUAUAAAUAUUUUGUAUCUCUCAUUAGAGGUGCAAAUAAAACCCUUAAAGAAGUUGUACUCUGCCUCCCCGCGAAUCGAGUAAGAGACGUUACUGAUACUAAUGAAAUUUUAAAUGCUCUUGCCAAAUUUUGCCCAAACAUUAAGCUCUUUGCGAUUCUGGACGUUUACUCGUAUUAUACACAACUCGUAAAAGUAUUUGAAUCCUAUCCUUGGGAAAAUUUAACUUCUUUAACAUUAGGAUCAGAACAUUCUUAUUCAGUACCGUAUAUUGCCAUAGAUAGAUUGGCUCCAUACCUUCCUGCGUCUUUACGCAAGUUGCGUAUUGCGUGUGCAGUAUCUGAGCAAGAUUUAAAAACUUUCUUUGACAAAUGUCAAGCACCAAUUGAAGAGUUGAGUAUUCCUAAUUUGAAUCAAAUAUUUACAAAUCGUCAUUUGAGAAUUAUUAGAGAUUACAUCAAGGAAAAGAGAACUUUGAAACAAUUUGAUUUUGAAUUUAGUCACAAUCAAGUAAUUUCUUACGAAUUAUGGAAAGAAAUAAAAGAAAUGGUAGAUACUAGAACACAUCAUCUUUUUGAUCCAUUUUAUUAUCCUCCUUGUGAUCUAUUUUAAGGUUAGAGUUAGGUUAGUGUUAGGUUAGAAUUAGAGUUAAGUUGGAGUUAGGUUGGAGUUAGGUUGGAGUUCGACUGUCUCGUGCCCUAAUUGUUUCCUGCAAUUAGCGAAGCAAUCGAUCCACGUCUUCCUGCAUAAUUCCGUGCUGGGUAAUGGGUUUCAAAACAACAGAAUCUUGGGAAGUAACAAACUUAGACCAGAUUAGACAAGAAUGUUAGAUUUAGGUUAAAGUUAGAAUUAGGGAAAUAAAAAAGUGUUAUAGAAUUAGG